CUCAUAACAUGGAGUGGAAGCUGACGUCUGCAAGUCUGGGGAAUUAAACAUCCUCUUCAGCUCCCUCGGAUACACAGUCAGUGGGGACAAAAGCUGCAACUCCGAGGGAUCGCAUCUUCAAACAGUCAGACCAAGGGUUCCUAAAAAUAAAUCAACCAAUGCACAGUUCCAAGAAACUAAACCGAAUCUUAAACAUCAUGAAUGAAACCACUGUGAUGCCAACUAUGUGCCGUUUUACGAGGCUGAGCCAGAACAGUUCUAAUAGCACACAUGCUUCCCCUUGGUUCUCAACUGCGUUUGCAGCUGUCGGACUUAUGUCGAACCUGAUUGCUUUCGUGGUGCUAAUAAAUGCAUACAGGAAAGCACAAAGCAGAUCAAGAUCCUCCUUUUUGAUUUUCCUAUGUGGCUUGGUUGUGACAGAUUUUUUAGGUCUUGCUACAACUGCAUCUAUAGUUGUUACUUAUCAUCAUUUGGAUUUCAAGUGGGAUGAAGUUGAUCCUCAGUGUCACCUUUGCCGAUUUCUGGGAUUUUCAAUGGUGUUCUUUGGACUCAGCCCUCUGUUGCUUGGGGCAACCAUGGCAGUAGAACGGUUUUUAGGAAUAAACAAACCAUUUUUACGUUCUACCAAUUCCUCAAAACGACGUGCUUGGUGUACUGUGUUUAUUAUUUGGCUAUUUUCUUGUUGUAUUGCACUGCUUCCCAUUUGUGGACUUGGACAUUACACACACCAAUGGCCGAAUUCCUGGUGUUUCUUUAACAUGACAAACAGUCCAGGCGAUGUUGGAUUUUCAAUAUUGUUUUCUAGUGUGGGAUUGUUGUCUCUGGCAAUAUCUGUUUUUCUGAAUACGAUCAGUGUGGUUACACUGUUCAAAGUUUGCUUCAAUCGAUUAAGUGUUGAAAGGAGCAGAGACUAUGAAGUGGAGAUGAUGGUACAACUGUUGGGUAUAAUGGUUAUUGCAACAGUCUGCUGGGCACCAUUGUUAGUACUUAUCCUCAAGAAAGCUUUUACAGAUACACCAAAUGGCUUAUCCCUGAAAAAAAUUCUAGUUACUUGCAUUCGAAUUGCUACAUGGAACCAGAUCCUCGAUCCUUGGGUUUAUAUAUUAUUCAGAAGGUCAGUUUUGAGGAGAUUCAGCCCAAGUCUUCGAGCAAGGCCUUCGAUCUCAUCAUUAUAUCCAACUGUAAAUGCAUCAUACACUCGAAGAUUUACACAAGCGUCAAUGACAACUGCAUAGUCUGUUAUUGCAGCUGAAUUCAGCAGAGGUGUCACCAAAUUAGACUGAUUUGUACUUAACUGUAAAUGUGUAUUUUAGAUUACAUUAAAGCAUACUUCAUCUAAAUAUGGGUCAAUCAUAAAAUGGCUUCCUGCCCUGACCUUGAUUUUCAGAAUUGCACAUGUUAAAUAAUUUUUACAUCAAACUAUGCUUGUUAUAUAAAUUCAUUCCCUUAAAAUCCAGUGUUCAGUCCUGGGUUUUACAUAUAUACAAGGCUAUGCUAAAUUGGCUAGCAAUCCAAUCAAGCUUGCAUUGUAACAAUGAAAAGAACUUCAAUUGUUUUAAAUCAGAAACAAAAGCUGACAAAGCUCAGGAGGUCAGACAGCAUCUGUGGAGAGAAAUCAGAGUUAACAUUUCGGACUGAGUGAUUCUUCUUCAGAACUGAUGGUAGCUGGGAAAAUGUUGGUUCAUAUGUUGAGCUUGCAUUGUGUCCAUUCAAAUCAGCUGAAGUUCAUUUGACUACUGAGAAUGUCUUAAAUAUGCUGGUUUAAAAGAAAAUAUAUUUUGAGGGUUUUGAAACAUAAAAAUGAACUUAGUGAGCUACCUUUCAGUAAAAAAAAUACAUUAACACAUCAAUGAGAGUUUGAAAUAAAGGAAAUCAUUAU